CUUUCUAUUUGUGACAUGGAGAGAUAGCAACACAGGAGAUUACUGAUCGUCCGCUAAUGACAUUUAUCUCUCCUCUCUUAUAGCCUGUCUAUUUGUGACAUGGAGAGAUAGCAACACAGGAGCUUACUGAUCGCCCGCUAAUGACAUUUAUCUCUGCCCGUGUCGAUCUCUGACACAGGUCGGUGGGAGGAGUUCACAACUUGGAAGACAUUCAAGUGGAGGAUGAAGUCAAAGGCUUUUCGUGAGGAGUUGACAUUCCCGAUUUGUAUGUCAUCCUUUGUUUGGUAAGGUACUACUGGUAUCGAGGCUGCCGCCUUCCCUCUUAUCCUAUACACCAAGACGACUGCAAGAGAACAGGCCGAUAACGAUCAUGAGCAGAUUUGGAAGUACAAGUCAGCGCAUCAUCCAUCUUCUUCUCUCUAAACUAGUGGCUGAUUCUCGAGAGGGUUUCAUGUUCAGUUGCUACGUUUCUCUCAUUCAACUCUCGACAUUGCGGAGUUGGGCUCACACACGAAUCCAGCGGCAACGGCCAGACCGGCGUCCUCAGCAUUUAUGAACUCCCUGCAACACUGGAACCUGAGACAUCACUCAGUCGAGUCGAAAGGACUUCCCGUGCAGAGGAUUAUUGCCCAACUGCAUGGGGCAUUUGUGCUUUUUGUUCAGGAAAAGCGCAUGACAGCCUCGGCGAUGCCCGGAGUUCAUCAUGUCAUAUUUCCCGGAGUCGAGUACUGGAACUGCAGUUUUCCUGCGGAGGCCUUUGUGGCCUCCCUGCGAAGCAACCAGUGUCCACGUUACGUUUAUACCAUCUGGCUGAUUGGAUCGAAGUUACUUCCGACAGAAGGAGGACGUACUGUCAGUGGCCUGCUCGAAGAAACUAAUUUUCUUGUACUUGAUGAUGGCUUUGCCCACCAGUCUCUUUCAAUUCUAUAUCAAAAGUAGGUCCACGUUUCCUUCCCUCACUGCUUCAGUCUCUGAAGGAUGUCAACGUCAUACUCUGCAUUACCAGCUCUCAAUACUUCUGAGCACUUCUGAGCACUGACAUCCUAUCAAUGGCAUUCCGCUGGUUUGCACUUCAGUUCUGUAGCAGGGUCUGAUCGUCUGAUUCAAUACUGUCGAGCAGAACCGGUUCAUCAGUCAAGUGAAGUAAAGUAGUCACGAGAAAGAAAGGCAUUGCCAAAUAAUUUAGCUAUCUGCGACCAAAGGACUCACCAAUCACAAACUUAGUUUGAAUGUAAAAUUUCUUCGUGCCAGAUGAAUCUUCAGUGUGG